ACAUAACGCCGAUUGGUAGAAAAAAUAAAACAACAAAACAUGGCGGUCGGGUCGCUGGUAAGAGUCGCCCGACUGACAGCGACCAUUUGCAGGAGUCGCCGUUUAAUCGCCUGUCGAAGUCCACAGAGACGAGGGAUAGCUUCAUGCAUCGAUCCAUCUCACGGCCUCACAGAUGAACAGAAGGAGUUCCAGAAAGUGGCCUUUGACUUUGCGGCCAAUGAAAUGGCUCCGCACAUGGCAGAGUGGGACCAGAAGGAAGUGUUCCCGGUGGAAACCAUGCGCAAGGCGGCUCAACUGGGCUUCGGCGGAAUCUACGUCCAACCGGACGUCGGGGGUUCAGGCCUGUCUCGCUUGGACACAUCGGUCAUUUUCGAGGCCCUGUCUACCGGAUGUGUCAGCACCACCGCCUACAUCAGUAUCCAUAACAUGUGUGCCUGGAUGAUUGACAGCUUUGGCAGCGAGGAGCAGAGGCAAAAGUUCUGUCCUCAAUUGUGUUCCAUGGAGAAAUUUGCCUCUUAUUGCCUUACUGAACCCGGCAGCGGCAGUGAUGCCGCGUCGCUCCUGACGAGUGCGCAGCGCCAAGGUGACCAUUACACCUUGAAUGGUUCAAAGGCGUUCAUCAGCGGAGGUGGCGAUUCGGACGUUUACGUGGUCAUGUGUCGCACAGGAACCAAAGGUCCAAAAGGUAUCUCUUGUCUUGUCGUGGAAAAGGGAGCACCGGGCCUCAGUUUUGGCAAAAAGGAACAAAAGGUUGGGUGGAACUCACAGCCCACCAGGGCAGUCAUAUUUGAGGACUGUGCUGUACCUGCAAGCAACCUGCUGGGAGUCGAAGGUCAAGGCUUCACCAUUGCCAUGAAAGGACUGAAUGGAGGCAGGAUUAAUAUUGCUUCCUGUUCUCUGGGCGCGGCCCACGCCUCCGUCCUGCUGGCUCGGGACCACCUGUUGGUUCGUAAGCAGUUUGGGGAGACACUCUCCAACAACCAGUUCCUUCAGUUCAAGCUGGCAGAAAUGGCCACCGAUUUGGUGGCGUCUCGCCUUUUGGUACGUCAGGCCGCAGUGGCGCUUCAGGAGGAGCGAACGGACGCCGUGCAGCUUUGCUCCAUGGCCAAGCUCUUUGCCACGGACCACUGCUUCGACAUCUGCAACCAGGCUCUCCAGAUGCACGGCGGCUACGGCUACUUGAAGGACUACGCCGUGCAGCAGUUUGUGCGCGACAUCCGCGUGCAUCAGAUCUUGGAAGGAACCAACGAGGUAAUGAGGAUGAUCAUCUCACGCAGUCUUCUGACAGAGUCCUGAUAAGACUUCUUUGAAGAAUGCCAUUUUGUGUUACUGUGUGACAGCACUUUGGAGAGGCCUAGGAACUUUUGAGGGUGGGGUCGGACUGGACUCGUUUGACCUAGAAAAAAGCAGACGCGUUAUUUUGUGAUGAUUCAAAAUGAAUGCUGUCACUUUGCGAGGAUUUCUGUUACAAUAGCACGUUAGCAUACCGGGACUUGUUUAUAUGUUUAUAUCACAUGACAGUCACCUAAUUUGUGUCCUCAAGUGACCUUGGUUAAUACGGUAUGUACAAAAAAUGAUUCUGACACUCCAAAUAAAAUCUCAGCAUUUGACAAGAAAA